AUGGCUCGACUACUCUGUCAGGCGGCGUGCUGCCUAGCAGCUCUAAGCCCUUUCGCAUUGGCCUGGUCUUCCGUGGAGACAAACCAACCCCGUUUACCAAGUCGCUCCAACCUGGACACAGCGCAAGUGCAGGCCGCACUCAGUCCGCUGCUCUGUUCCACGUCCAGCGUGUUUGGGCCUGACAGCCCGCUGUGGCCAAACGCAACGUCACGGUACCAGGCAUACGAACCCUCGCAGAUCAAGGUGGUCGUACGGGUAGGGUGCGAGGAGGAUGUCGCCACUGUUGUUCGAUAUGCCAAUGCGAACGACUUGCCUUUCUUCACGGUCAACCGCGCUCACAGCAUGACAACCACCCCGGGCCAAUUCCGCGGCCUGGAGAUUGACAUGCAGCUGCUGACGGGAAUCGACAUCAAUCCGGAUGGCGAAUCCGCUCGCUUUCAGGGCGGGACGUUCGCCCAGGAGGUAAUAGACGUGCUGUGGGAACAGGACAUAUCCACCGGAAGCUGCGGCUGCGUCGGGAUGGUAGGUCUCGGUCUGGGCGGAGGUCACGGCCGUCUGCAGGGACGGCACGGGAUGGUCAGCGACAACUACCUCAGCCUGAACGUGGUUCUUGCGGACGGGACAGCGAUUACCGUGUCGGAAACCUCGCACCCGGACCUCUUCUGGGGAAUGAAAGGUGCCGGGCACAACUUCGGCGUGGUCACCAGCUUCGAACUGCGCAUCUUCCCCCGCCAGGAGGAGACCUGGUACUACCGGAAUUAUGUAUUUUCGCAGACGCAGCUCGAGCCGUUUUUUGGAGAAUCAAAUCGGCUGCAGGAAAACGGCACGCAGCCGGUGGACAUCGCGUGGCAAUACACAAUGUAUCAGCUGGAUCCCACGUUCAGCGAGACGGAGCCAAUCAUCCUCUGGUCCUUCGCCUACUCCGGCCCCGAAGCCGCGGCGCAACCGUACCUGGCCCCCUUCGACGCGCUGCACCCGCUCCGCAUCGAAGACGGCAACGUCCCAUAUACCGAGAUCGCGACCGCCCAGAAGACAGGCGUGAACGAUUCGGUCUGUCAGCACGGCCUCGCGCACAUGGUCUCGACCGCGGGUCUGCAGGUGUACAACUUGACCGCACAGCGGGCGAUCUAUGAUGUUUUCAGCGAGAUGCUGCGCUCCAUUCCCGCGUUCAAUGCCUCCGUCGUGCUCAUGGAGGGCUACUCCCUGCAGGGGCGUAUUGGCCGUCGACCCCGCCUCGUCGGCGUAUCCCUUCCGCGACGACUAUCUGCUCAUGCCGCUGUCACUCACGCCCCUGAUGAUUCGUUGGAUGAAACCGCGAUCGAGUGGGCUGGUCGCAUCCGCGACUUGUGGAAUGAAGGCCAGCCAACCCGGCGGCCGACGACGUACGUCAACUAUGCCUUUGGGACGGAGUCGCUGGAGUCGAUGUAUGGGUAUGAGGGGUGGCGGUUGGAGAGGCUGCGCGCCUUGAAGCGGGAGUAUGAUCCCGAGAAUCGGUUCGCAUAUUUCAAUCCUAUUCCUGCUUAG